AUGACCGGCAUGGUUCAGACUGACCUAGCCCAUCCAUCGACGUCUAAAUACAAAGACGAGCCUGCUGACGACCAUCUACGACAUUCUGGGCAUCAAGGUCCGCCCCACCUUCACCUUCAACAUCCAAGACCAGCAAGUCUUGUGCAACAGCAAAAGCAGCCCAACUCUCCUCACCAACCCAGCACUACUUUACCUUCUGGAUCAUACGCCUCUCACACUCUGGGAAACGGAGUUCUACACCAUCCACAUCCGUACGGACAAUCAGCACAGGAACCGGGGUAUUACGCGUCCCAUCCUCCAUAUACAACAGCGAGUGCACCAGCUCAAUAUCCCUCAAGUGGGCCGCCUGAAAUGAUGGCAACAACCACACAGAUGCAGAGGCCUUAUCCUCCAAUGUAUCAAACACCACAGUCCGGCUCUCCUGCAUCGGUAACUUCCCAGUCCCACGAGCAGCAUAGUCGGAAUCUUUAUAGUCAAUCACCACAAAUGGCAUCGCAGAUCUAUGGUUAUCAACCGUAUUCUAUAAAUCCUGUGCAGCCUUCAGCGUACGGACACGCCUCGUCCCAGCACCCUCUCACGUCACAAUCGAUGAUAUUGCCCCAUCAGACAAGUUCCGCGCCCAUACCCCAUACACAGGCACCGACAGUCACUAUGGCUACUAGCCCCAGUACCGUGACGGCGCAGCAACAACCGACACCUCCGCAGCGAACAGUCUUGAACCCGCCACUCCCUGCAGCAAGCGGUGGCUCAAUCCCUGCAAGCAGUGUGCACCAUCAAAAUUCAGCUAUCGGAGCAAGUACAAGCGCUGCGCCGGGCCCCAUUCCAGCCACCACCCCACUGGUGGUACGCCAGGACAGCAACGGGGUCCAAUGGAUCGCUUUUGAAUACUCUCGAGAUCGCGUUAAGAUGGAAUAUACCAUCCGUUGUGAUGUCGAAUCUGUUAACGUGGAUAACCUAAGCCAAGAGUUCAAGACGGAAAAUUGCGUUUACCCCCGAGCCUGUUGCAGCAAGGAUCAAUACAGAGGUAACAGACUAGUAUACGAGACAGAGUGUAAUGCUGUUGGAUGGGCUUUAGCAGAGCUUAAUCCUGCAUUAAGGGGGAAACGUGGGUUGAUUCAACGCGCUGUUGACAGCUGGAGAAACAGCAAUCAGGAUCCUCGACUUCGAAGCAGGCGUGUGAGAAGAAUGGCCAAGAUGAACAGACGGCAAGGCCUGCCUGCACAACCACCUGCUCAUAUGGCCACUGCUUCACCCGUUGCCCCCGUUGUUCCCGGUGCCAGUUUGGCAGCGCCUGGUCCACGUCCUUCAUUGGGCCCUUUAGCUAUGGGGCCUCCGCAACUGCAUCACCAUCAUGCUCAACCCGAGGGAAAUGCAAGUAACGAGGAAGUAAGCGGUACUGCUGGUUUUGCGAAUGGUACCAAUCGUCCACCUGCUCCAGACGGUCACUCGACCCCUGGGCAUUCGCCCACGGAGCUCCGCACUGGGCAGGUAUUCCACGGCUAUCCUGCAUUUCCGCCUCCUCCGAGUACUCCAGGAGGUGUCAGGGGCCCUUCGAUACCCCCUCUCAUUCGUGAUAGUGGGAUAACUACCCUUGGACGGCACCCAACUGUUGCAACGUCCUCGAGCAAGAUCGAGGAAAUUGAAGAUGACGAUGAGGAUGAGCGUAACCCAAGCAAUGACGCGCUAUUCGGUGUGUUUCCUGAAGGCAAACGGCGCAAAUUUAUACUGGUCGAGGACAGUCAACGGGGGUGUCGUGUUCGUGUCAAGGUUAUGCUGGACCAGGUGGAUAUGAAUGAGAUCCCCGACUCAUACCGGAUGUCGAACUCUGUUUACCCUCGAACAUAUUUCCCCGUUCAGAUGAAAAACCCACCUGGUCGGGUCGUUCCUGGCAGAAGAUACAUCAAGGAUGACACUGAGGAAGAUGACGAGGAAACCCCCAUCGCUGGACGAAUCCUAGUCCCGGCACCCAGUAUUGAUGGAGAUAGCGAAGUUACUGUUCCUAAACUGUCGAGAGCACGUCGAAAGAAGGAAGUGCUACUGAACGACCUGGGCUACCGGAUGAGUUGGAGCCAGAGCCGUGUCUUUGCAGGGCGCAUGCUGUUCCUACAGCGAUCUCUUGACGCGUACCGGAACAAAAUGCGCAGCACCAUGUUAGCUGCAGGUCAGGAACCGACUUCCAUCCCCCGACACUUCGAGACCCGAGCGGGAAAACGAAGAUUCCAGGAGCGCAGAAGACGAACAACUGCUCCUCCGGGUCGGGCCAGUGGGGCAAAUACAUACUCUGCAUCCCGACGCAGUGCAGAGGAAGUUGAAGCCUAG